AUGAAGUUCAAUUCUAUCAUCGCAGUCGGCGCAGCCCUGCAAACGACUGUCUCGGCUGUUGCGAUACCCGAAACCUCCGACCUCACAUCGCUCGCCACCACACAACACCAACAGCGCGACUCCGACGACUCGCUCUACACCGACCUAUGGAAGCGUAGAGGCGGCGGCGGCUCAGGCGGAAGGGGAGGAGGCAGCUCGGGAUCAGGGUCAUCAGGCAGCAGUUCGUCUUCAGGAUCUGGCAGCUCGUCUGGCUCAAGCUCAGGCAGCGGCAGCUCUUCCUCUGGCUCUAGUUCUGGAAGCUCAUCGUCGUCCGGCAAAACAGGUUCCUCGGGCAGUUCGUCUUCCUCGUCAGGCUCCUCGAGCGGCUCGUCAGGUGGCCGCGGCGCCGCCUCCUCGUCCUCCUCCUCCGGCGGCAGAACAACGACCGGAUCAGGCGUAUCACCCUCAUACGGCGGCGGGCGGUACUACGGCGGCGGCACGACGGUGCCCUACCGCGCGGGCUCGCGCUCGACGGGCGGCAUCGUGCCCUUCGUGCUGGUGGGCGGGCUCGCAGCCGUGGCCUUCUGGCCGGGCGUGUGGUACCACCCGCCAUACCUGUACCCGUACGCGCACCCCUGGAACUACCACAACCAGACGUCGAACCAAAACGAGACCAAGCCUGUCACCUGCGGCUGCGACCCUUACCAGGUGUGCGGCUGCGACGACAACUCCAACCAGACCUACAUCGACAGCGUCGUCGGCAACGGCAGCUACAACUCGCUCAACCGCAGCCUCGUCUCCAUCGGCGAUGUGAACGGCACCGAGACCAUCCUCAUCAACGGCACCCUGCCCAACGGCACCACAGCCAGCGGCGGCACCGAGUCGCCCAACGCCGCUGCCGGUAUGAGGUACAUGGCCCAGGCGGCCGGCUGGUGGCCCCUGGUCGCCACGGCCGCGGCCAUGGCCUUCUUUGCUUGA